AUGUCAGCUCCAGGGAUUCAACAAGGUCUGUUGGAAGAAGGAACAAGACAAGGUCUGUUGGAAGAAGGUGUUCAACAAGGAUAUAGGUCUACUUCAGAUUCUGGAGAUGAUGCCACUGAAGCACAGGCUUUGAAAUUCUGUGAGCCUUCCCAAGGAAAACCAACAAACCCUUGCAACUUGAAAUAUUCUGAAGACACAGAUAUAGGUCCUCAGAUUCAAGCAGCUAUAAAGGAAAUUAAUAAACUUGAUACAAUACUGGAAAAUCAACAGUUUAAGGAGGAAGCAAUUAAAAACCAAGGCAAAGCAAUGAGGGCAGUGCUCUGGAAUGAGCUUCAGUCUGUCAGAACCACAGGAAGCCACCAGAACGUAGAAAACAUGAACCUUUUUUUACGUUUGUUCUCAUCAUGGCUGGAUACAGCUGAUCCCUCCUGUGCUAAAGAAGAUGAAAUCUGUACUUCAGUAUUUCACACAGAAAUUAAUCUAGAAGAUUGGGCCCAACAGAGUCAGGAUGUUCCAGGUGAAUUAGAAACAAAUGAAUGUAUUAAUCCACAUAGCAAAAGGAAAAACAAUAAGGAUUUCAUUAAAAAGAACAUUGAGCUGGCAAAGGAUUCGAGAAACCGAUUCAUUCUGCUUGAGGGAGAAAGGAAAAGGCUACACGAACUAUUGAAAAAUAUAGAAGGUGGAAUUGAAUUACAAGGUCUCAAGGAGAAUGUAUCUGGCUGGCUGGCACCAGGAGAAGGCUACACACCUAAACCAAUGGAAUUUCAUCUCCUAAAUGAGAUAGAAAUUAAGCUUCAAAAGCUACCAUUGGAUGGGGAUUUUUCUACAAUUUCCAGCUCUUGCUCAAAAUCUCCAAGCCAGAUUUAUCAGGAGUCUCUGAUUUAUGCAAACAGAAGACUAGAAGUAGUUCCAGGUGAACCGGUUCUGCGAGACAUUAAGGAAAAACGUAAUCAACAGAAUCAUCUGAAAGAAAUAAAUCAUCUGCUGGAAUCCCUACGGAGAAAUUAU